AUGGCCGUGAACCGCGGGUGAUACGUCCUCGCCCACCGGUCAACACGCUCCAAUAGAAGAGCAUCGCUACGGGCUGCUCUGCAAGCAGACUAUGAUCACUCAUUACCGCUAAGGCGCUCACUGAUCACCUCACCCAAAGCGCGAUCUGGCAGGCGCAGUGUAGAUCGUCGUGGAGGAUAUAAAGCGCAUCUCCGCAUUCUUCUCAUCCAUUCGACGAUCAGCCCACCAUGAACGCCCCCAACCUCAACAUUCCAUCCAGCGACGCCACCGUCACCGUCCAGGUCUUCAACACCGCCUACCCAGAGCGGACGAGGGUACUCGCGGGAACGCUCAUGAAGCCCGUCCCGCCAGGACGCGAGUACUUCCACUUCCCCAUCUAUGUCUUCCUCAUCGAGAAUACACGACUGGGGCGCCGCGCGAUGUUCGAUCUGGGUGGCCGCGAUCUGACGACUUACCCGGCGGGAUUGCAAGACCUGCUUAAUCGGCUCGACUGCACGAUGCACCCGGACGAGAUUACGGGGCAAUUGCGGAAGGGCGGUAUCGAGCUAGAGAGCAUCGACACUGUGAUCUGGAGUCACAUACACUUCGACCACAUAGGCGACAUGAGCAAGUUCCCGCCCUCUACCCAGCUCCUCGUAGGCCCGGGAACCAACUUGAAGGUCUUCCCCGAAGAUCCUCAUUCUGCUCUGCGCCCAGAAGAAUUCGCCGGCCGCUCGGUUCGCGAGCUUGACUAUUCGGACGGCCUGAAGAUAGGCAACUUCAACGCCAUCGACUUUUUUGGCGACGGCAGCUUCUACGUGCUGGACUGCCCUGGGCACAUCAAGGGCCACACCUGCGCCCUCGCGCGCGUCACGCCCACCACCUUCAUCUUCCUCGGCGGCGACAUCUGCCACCACCCGGGCGAGUUCCGACCGUCCGACAUGCUGCACCAAACCAUGCCCUGCCCCGGAGACAUCCUCGACGCGGCAUGGAAGACUAUCUCCAGCGAGUACUUCUGUCCCGCAAACGCCUCGAGGGUCGUUCCAACGACCGGCACCUUCGAACCUUUCGACCUCAUCCAGCGCGCCCAUCCGAUGCUGGAUGUCGUCGACGGUGAUGUGCACGAAGAUAUCGAGGGGACGAGAAGGGCUAUCCGCAACUUGCUGCCUUUCGACGCUAGCCCGGAUGUCCUGGUGGUCAUCGCGCACGAUCAGACGCUGGUAGGGGAGAUUCCUCUCUUCCCGAAGACCUUGAACAAGUGGAAGGAGGACGGGUUGAAGGAAAGGGUGGUGUGGACGAGCUUCCGCCCAGAGACUCUAGCUUAUCGAUAUAGCGUGGUCCUUCCGAAGGUCGCUUACACGUGCAAGCUCUGAAUAUGAUUAUGAUGCUAUACCUGCAAGCGACGACGCUGUGCAAGCUGUGAUAGCCAUAUGAAGAAGCUCUCACUAUACAGUACACUUCUAUGUCCUCCAAACAUUGAGUCUACCAAAACUUCUCGUUCAGCGCGCACUGUCGAGCCAUCUCGAGCUGCUCAUCCGUCCGGCACA